AUGGCCACAGCCAACACAACCCAACCGCUGUCGCCGUUCCUCAACACAACUUUCGGCCGUACCGCGACGUCGCAAGCCGGUCCGCAUUCGCCGCACAGUGCAUCACAAAAACCGCAGACCGCGGCCACAACAAACGUCGGAUUCCCGGGAUUUGGGAUGAAUUUGAAUAAUUUAUUGGCGACCAGUACCAGUGCUUAUGGGAUGCUGCCGUUGAUGCAGCAGUUCAUGAAGUCGGGGCAGUAUGGAUCGUCGCCGAAUUCGGCAGUGCACGGUGCGUUUUUGCGGCUUUUAAGUUGGAUUUUUUUCAGUUUUUGAAGCAUUUGUUCUGUCAGCCAAAUUUUUAUCGCAAUGGAAAUCAUUUUCAGAGUCGGAAAGUCGCGCCUCAUCCACUUCCAUGUCGCUGAAUGCCGCUAGUCCCGGUUCGGCAGCCAAAAGUGAGUAAACAAAUUACUUUUCCUCCUCCAAAAUUACUGGCUUGACCCUUAAUUUAACCGAGAAAAAAGUCAUCGUGCCCUGCGGCGGUUUUAUGGCCGGCUCGGUCUGUUGUCGCCGCGACCCCAAAUUGGAUCCGCGGAUCGUAAACUCGGAGGGCUCUUAUUUGUUUUCAUUUACGACUUAUGGGAAAGUGACAAUGGUUACAUAACGCUCAAUAUGGCCCCAUCUGUUGGGACAAACAGCCGCAGUUUAUUGCACUGUGCGGGGCACAAAAUAUUUUAAAGUAAAUUUUAAAGAAAUUGAGCAAAAAUUUUAGAAAAUUUUGGUAAAUUUAGAGUCACCAGACGAUACAAAGGCUGUCUGAAGCAAAAAAAAUUAUUCAUCGGUUAUUAAAAUCUUUUUUCCAAGAUUUUUUCAAAACUUUCCCGCACAGUGCGCCACCGCACAGUUUUUGCACUAAUCCGUAAGCUAAGAACAGUGCGCUCCCGCACAGUGCAUCUAAUAAAAUUGGAAACUCAACUUUAUAGUAAAUAUUCGUAAAAGUCGGACUCAUUAAGAGUAUUAUGAUCAUCGAUCAGCCAGCCAUGAUCAUAAAUUAACACCUUUUUUGUUACCGCCAGAUAAAUUGAGUGCGGCAAAAGUUUGCAGGCGGAAAAAAGUUUAUAAAUCGUCGCACUGUGGGAGAUUGAAGAUAGUAAAAGCAAAUGAGAGUGUCAGAAUGAGGGUGGUUGUAGUGACAGUUACGUGUUUAUGUGGUUUUUGGGAGGUCCGAUGGAGAAGAUGAAGGUCUUUUUUGUACAGUUCACUGCAAAUUACUGGGUGUGAAAGGGUUUAAUUCAUUUUGUAGGGUACGACGCUAUCUGCGAUAGAAUUACCGGCUUUAUUAAGACGUAAAACUUAUUUAAGAAAGCGUUAUCUUACUUUAGAAAAAUCAAAAACUUUUUUUUUGAUUUUUAACUCAAUUUGCCUUCGAAAACUAACGACUUUCCUCAAGGAUAAAGACCUCUAAAUUCCGUCUGGAUACGCUUAGACUACAGUAUAUAAACGAUCCAUUUAAAUCCGUUUGGGAGGGUGGAAUGCGAAGAGAAUUAAGAAGGCGAUGACCUGUAAAGACGAUGCGCUGAGGCGACAUAUGGUGAAGAGACUGAGCGAGAGGUUACUGUAUUUUAUAGGGGGGAAGGUAACGAGUAUUCUGAGUGACUGCAAGCUUACUUUGAGGAGAAAUUUUACAUAAAAAAAGCAAAAAAUGGGAAAUUGUAGAAACUGAUAAAGUAAUGGUUCCCGAAUGCGCAUUUUUGCUUGAUUAGUAUUCCCAUAUAUCUCUCACCAUGUUGGAAACCUAUUACUGGCCUUUGAUUUAUUUACUUUCUUCUUUCAUAAUGUUUUUUGGCCAAGUUUUGCAUAAAUUCCUCGCUUUCUCUCGCCUCAAAACUCUCUCUUCGACCGCAAACUUUACAAAAGCAAUCGAUGUUUUUAACUAUGAAACAGUUAAGUGUGUGUGUGGAGAAGCCGAGAUUGACGCACGGAUUCGGCACGGGCAUUAGUCACGCUGAUCGAAAAACGAUUGAAUCGUCCUUUGCCUUUUCGAUUGGGAUGAGUCGAGAGUGAGUCCGACCGCCUUCCUUGAAACAAUAUUCAAUCUGACAAGUUUGGGCUACAGUAGGCACCUGAAUUGAGGUUUGAACCCAAAAAAAAGUUGGGAGAUUUGAAGGAAUUCGGAAAAAUUAGCUUUGUGAUAAAAAUUGAAAUUGUUAGGAAGGCCUGUUUUUGGUGAGUUAGCUUGCAAAAAGUUCCUUGAGAUCUAUAGAAGAUAAUAGAGCAAACUUCCGACCUAUUUAUGGCAGACAAUUUUUACAAAAACCGGCCAAAUCUCGAGUUUCUGUCCUAAAUCGCUUAAAUCAUCGUAUUUGCCACAGUAUCCCAUCUUACCCCACUUCCUCUUCCCAAUCUCAUGCCGAGAUCAUAGGAUCUCGAGAUUCCUCAUCCUUCUUCCGGAUGUAAUCGAGACUUGAAGUGUGAAUCGAGAGGCGAUCAAAGGACCCGCGCCGCUCCUUCUUCAAAGGCCGCGCACCCUCUGUUUCCAAUCAAGAAUGUUGCGCAAUUUUAGUGUGAAGAAUGAAGGAUGGAAGAGCAUGAGAUUAAUUGGGUUUCGGGAAUUUAGUCGGCUCGCCCAUUGUUACUCAACCGACAAAAAUGCAGUUGGUUUUUGCAGAGAGACAUAUUGGGUGGGUAUGGUGUAAAAGAGGGGCUGUAAGGAAGUAAACACUAGAGUUCAAAAAUUGAUAGUGCUUUCAGAGUCUUUUCUACGGUCCAGUCUUUGUUAUAAAGUUUACUAAGCUAGUGUCAAUUAAAGCAAAAGUGAAAUAUAGCCAAAAAACCUUAUACUUGAUAUUAGUCUAGAUGUUUUUGAUGGCAAUCUUCAAUUUUACAUCAAAAAACGUCCAAUUUUUAUUUCAAAAGAUGUUUAAAAAUACAAAACAAGCCUUCGCCUAUCUAGAAACCGCAUAACCCCUCAUCAAGCCCUUUAAAUUACCUGCAAAGUCAUCAAUAUUGAACUAGACAUCAAUCCCCAAAAUCUACGGUAAUAAUCAAAUUUAUGGCCGGACAACAGCGGAUCCGUAAUGAAUUCCCCACCACCAAUAAAUCCUGGAUUUAUUCGUACAGUAGCGGUUAUUUAUUGUGUCUCGCUGGACGUCUUUUCUGUUGAAAUUUGCCUCCGGCCAAAUCUCUUUGAAGUCGGCGCGGAAAUUGAGAUUUAUAUUGAGUUGGAGUUAUGGAAUCCCAAAGUUUUUUAUGUGUUUUUCGGGAGUGCGGACAUCUCUUCGGGGAGGCAUUAACGGUUCAGUUUGGGUUGUCAAAAAGUUAUAUUAUACUGGAGAGAAGAUUGGAUUCAAAUCUAGCAACUUUUGCAUGCCUAAAAUAAGGUAAAAACAGCGCUCAAAAGUCUCCCUUCUAUCUCAUUAUUUGACCAAUAUUAAUUUCCUAAUCUGCCUAUUCAACUUUUAUUGUCUUUGUUUUAUUCUCGACUCUCUUUUUUAUUGUCUUUACGCAAUGAGAUCCUUAUCCAGCUGGGCGUCGAUCGUUUGUUUGGACUGUUAUGGGGUUUUAUAGCGAGGGGGAUGAUGAGGUAUUGUGUAAAGCGAUUGGAUCUGCGGUUAUUGACACUUCUAUGGGGGCGAACAUCAAGAUUUCGCUAAUGAAAAAAGGCCAAAAAAUGGGGAGAUAGAACCAAAUGUCCUCAUUUAUUGUAAGUGCCAUAUAUACCUGGCUGAUGUAGCUACAGCAAAAUAAAUUUAACCAGCUAUAAACUGAGUCUUGAGCUUUGAUUUGAACCUUGGUUCUCAUCUCAUUAUCAUUUCCUAGCCCUAUGUCAUCUAUUAUAUUAUCCAUGCCUUCUAUUUUCUCCCCGCCCUUCCCAUCGCUAAAUUUGGUAAAUAUCCCUUCUGUUUACCGUAGUAAAUCAUCUUUCUGUCAUGGUCCACUUCUUCUCCUCAAACUCUCCAUCCUUUUCUACUCGUAAAAUUUGCAUAAAAUUGAGAGAACAAAGCCGGGAUGCACCUCCAAAUAAAGCCCUGGAAUCGACGGGUAAUUUAUUCAUUACAUUCCGCGCUCACUCAUUGUAUGCGAAGGAGAAAAGUAACCCAAGAAAAGCGAAGACAUUUAUGGGUAUUUGGGUUCUGAAAAAUCAAAAAAAGGUCAUGAAAAUAUAAAAAAUAAGGCAAAAUUUGAAAAAGUUUUUGAGAAGCUUAGCGAUUACUGUAGGCAGCUUUAUGUAAAGUCAUCUUCGAGGGGAGGAUUUGUUAAUUACCUGCAAAAAGUACGAAAAUCCAUGAAACAAUUGACCGUGAAAUUAAAACGGAAAUGAAUUCGGGGGGAUCAAUCUGCGCGCCGACAAAGGAAGGCCGAACAAAAAACGGCUGACAAAGACGAACGGAAUCAAUUUUUGCUCCAUUUUCGCGCUAUUUCACAUGCACUGGCUGAGGUCCGGACUUGCGACAGUACUGUAUAUAAAGUUUAUAGCAUCUAAAGACGUAAAAGUCGUAUGUCAUAAGGCGUAUAUGCAGUUUUAUUAUAUCUUUUACCCAACAAUUCUUCUUAUUUUUUUGUUCUUCUCAAAGAACUCACUCUUUUGGCCAAGUUCCGACCUAAUUGCCAAGCCCGAUCAAUUAAGCGCGGCCCUCUUCUCUAAUAAACAUACGACUUUUGUUUAUCCAUCCAUCGCUCUGGAUUUGUCGCUGAUUUUACGACCCUCCGAUAAAGGGCUCAAGAUGUAUUAAUUUGCAUAAAAAGUGGCGCAAGAAAGAAAACAAAAUGAAACAUAAAGCCGGGGAAUCAAAAUAAAAUAUAGUCAAAAGUUGGGCUCAAAAAUGAUGACAAUUGGGUGGUUAAAAUAAAGAAAAUUUUUCAGAAUUACAAUGCGACAACGAAGGGAACAUAACCUGCCCCAUUUGUGAGGAAAAAGUUGGCCCAAACAGCUACUUGGAACAUCUGGAAUUUGAGAGAAAAUCGUUGCUCGAGGCAAUUAAGAGGUGAGAAUUUAAAAAUUCAUCAAGAUUUGACUAAAUGCAGCCUCUAAAACUGCAAUUUUUAUCAAGCUUAUGACCGUUUUUUGGUUUAAAAUGACUUUUUUCUAGUCUCAAAUCGUCCGCGUCAUCCCGCUCCCAUCUGAAUUCGCCCCAAAGUGCAUCUCAUGGACUUUUUGACGCCGAAUCCUUGGCCAAAUCCGCGAAUCAGCGGGAAAAGCGCAACUUUGAGCUCCAAAGAAUCCGACUGAACCAACAAAAAAGACUGCAAAUGAAAUCACACUUACUCUCAACCACACCCCUGAGGGCAUCAAUGGAGAGAAAUCACAGUUUCGGCGAUGAAAUAAACUCCCAGCGGUCAGGGUCGACAUUAUCCUUGAAUUCGGAGGACAAAAAUUACUGCAAAUCCUGCGACAGGAUCCAGGAAUUCUUGGUAAUUAGUGUGGGAUUGGACGAACCACGAUGCAUGGAGUGCUUCUACAAGUACAGGAGACAAGUUGGAGCACUGCCGUUGACGGUGGGUCAAUUUUUUUAAAUUGGUUUUAAUGCACUGUGCAGCAAUUUUUUUGAUUUUGCACGGUGCAUCGGUAAUAGAGAUAAAAUUUUGCACAGUGCAGUCCUAAAACUUUUAAUUUUUUGCACGGUGCGGCCAGAAAAUUGUCUUUUUCGCACUGUGCAGCAAUUUUUUACUUGUUUGAUUUCGCACGGUGCGCUCAAAAAAAAUUUUUUUGCACUGUGCACCGGUAAUAGUGAUAAAAUUUUGCACAGCGCAGUCCUAAAACUUUUAAUUUUUUGCACGGUGCGGCCAGAAAUUUGUCUUUUUCGCACUGUGCAGAGCAAAAAAAAAUAAAUUUCAUUACUUGUGACUAAUUUUUAUUUCUUCAGAUCACCGAGUCCCCCACAGAAGACCCGAACAGUGGCCCGAGCUCCACAAAUUCCACCAAAAGUCCCAGCCAAUUCCAUUCCAUCGACGAGAAUUCGAUUAAAGAAGAGCCCGAUGAUGCCCCCACUCCAAAGCGAUGUCGAUUGGAUUCGAAUAUAUAA